AUGGCUGACGCUUUUGACAAACUUCGUAUGAUGGAAGACGAAAUGAACAAAUUUGAAGAAGAAAUUGGGAUACCCAACUAUAUGGAUGGAACACCUGGUGCUCAAACAUACGGUAAUUCUGAUAAUUAUUCAAUUAUGGGACAACAAAAUACAAUUGCUUCUCAAGGAUAUAAUAAUAUGCGACCAUCGUUCUCUAACAACCAAGUGCUACUACAGCAACCUCAACGGAGAUUUAAUGUCAAAGUAGACAAAACAAUUGGUCCUGUUAUUCUCAGUGGUGCUCCUAAACUGUAUACAUCUAAACCUGAACCACCUCAACUACCUUCAAGUGAUUUGAUGAUUAAAGCAGAAGAUAUAUUAAAAAUGACAACAAGCAUCAAUCCGUUAAAAAAAGAAUCUAAGAAGUCACAACCCACAAUAUUGCCUGGUAAAGAAAUGGCAGAGGCUGUUAAAGCAACAUCUAAAACAGUUGUUGUAUCAGCUGGAGGUAAUGCUGUUGCCGCAGCUGAAUGUGCUGCAUCAAUCCCAAAUCAAUCUGCCAAGAGCAAAGGGAAAAAAAAUAAGAAGUUUAUACGAACUUCUGGAGGACAAGUAUGGGAAGAUCAAACGCUAUCUGAAUGGGACGAAGACGAUUUUCGAUUAUUUUGUGGGGAUUUAGGCAAUGACGUCACUGAUGAAUUAUUAGCUCGAACGUUUAGUCGAUAUCCUUCAUUCCAAAAAGCCCGUGUAGUACGUGAUCGCCGCACUAUGAAAACCCGAGGUUUUGGGUUUGUGUCGUUCAAAGACCCAGCAGACUUUAUUAAGGCUACAAAAGAACUCAAUGGUCGAUAUGUGGGUAGUAGACCAAUAAAACUACGGAAGAGUAUGUGGAAAAAUAGAAGUUUGGAGGUAACUAAAAAGAAGGAGAAAGAAAAGGCUGCACUCAUUAAUUUAUUAACCGGUCAAUCUUCAUAA